GCGGAGGAGGGAGCAGCUGCCAAAGGCCGGGGAGGAAAUAAAAGUAAAAUUAUUUUAUAGCAAGGCCGUGGUUUCUCAGGCGACUGUUCUCCUGAGGGCUGGCUGCGAGCUGCCAUGGAUCUCCUGCCCCACUUUUCCUCUGCCACUUGGGUGCUCCUGGCCCUGCUCCUCGGCCUCGUGGUGCUGUAUGGGAUAUGGCCCUUCCAGACCUUAAAGAAGUUGGGUAUUCCUGGGCCACGACCUGUGCCAUUUUUUGGCACUUUUCUGGAGUAUCGCCGGGGAAUCCGGGAUUUUGAUGAGAUGUGCUAUAAAAAAUAUGGUAAAAUUUGGGGGAUUUAUGAUGGCAGACAGCCUGUCAUAGCUGUUCUGGACUCUGUCCUCAUCAAAAACAUCCUGGUGAAAGAAUGCUAUGAGAUUUUUACCAAUCGCCAGAACCGUGGGCUGAACGGGCUCCUGGAUUCAGCCGUCAACAUGGCUGCAGAUGAGCAGUGGAAAAGGAUUCGGACAGUGCUGUCACCACACUUCACCAGUGGGAGGCUGAAGGAGAUGUUCCCUAUCAUUGAUCUUUACAGUGAAAAUUUAGUGAAGAACAUUGAGAAGAAAGUGGCUAACAAUGAGUUCGUGAACAUGAAGGACAUUUUUGGAGCCUACAGUAUGGAUGUGGUGACCAGCACUUCUUUCAGUGUGAAUAUUGACUCCCUGAGCAACCCCACUGACCCCUUUGUCACCAACAUCAAGAAAUUUCUCAAAUUCAGUUUCCUGAGCCCCAUUUUUAUGCUCUUAGUGUUGUUCCCCUUCGUUACCCCAGUGCUGGAAAUGAUGAAUGUGACUCUGUUGCCCUCAGAGGUCAUGGUGUUCUUCAAGAAUGUCUUCCAAAAAAUGAGGGAGGAACGACGCAAGAGCAGUAGCAUGGACCGGGUUGAUUUCCUGCAACUCAUGAUUGACUCUCAGAACUCACAUGACAGCUCCAAGUCUGCUGAGACCAACUCAGAAAAAUCACUAAGUGAUGAAGAGAUUCUGGCCCAGGCUCUUAUCUUUGUCUUUGCUGGUUAUGAGACCACCAGCUCCACCCUCAGCUACAUAGCAUAUAACCUGGCCACUCACCCUGACGUGCAGCAGCGACUUCAGGAUGAGGUGGAUGCAAACCUGCCCAACAAGGCUGCUCCCACCUACACCACCAUCACCCAGAUGGAGUAUCUUGAUAUGGUGGUGCUGGAAUCCCUCCGGCUCUUCCCUGUUGCUGGUCGGAUUGAGAGGGUCUGCAAGAAGACAGUGGAGAUCAAUGGUGUGACAAUUCCCAAGGGUGUGGCAGUCAUUAUCCCAACCCACGUGCUCCAUCGUGACCCAGAGUACUGGCCAGAGCCAGAUGAGUUCAGGCCUGAGAGGUUCAAUAAAGAGAGCAAAGAGUCUUUUGACCCCUACACCUUCCUGCCAUUUGGGGCUGGUCCCAGGAACUGCAUAGGAAUGAGGUUUGCUCUGCUGAUCAUGAAGGUGGCUGUGGUUGUCCUGUUGCAAAAGUUCUCGUUCAGAACCUGCAAAGAGACCCCGAUCCCACUGGUUAUGGACUCAAAAGGUUUCCUGCAACCCAAGGAUCCCAUCGUUCUCAAGAUGGUCCCCAGAGCUGAUCUGGAGAAGUGAAGGAAACAAGAGCAGAUCAGAGACUCUUUGUUGGAUGGUGCUUUCUUUAACUCUUGAGAUAAUCCCAGGCUGAUAACGUGUGUGGUAGGAGUGUCAGUGGUGUAAACCCCAUCUCACAACGGGGCACUAUGGGUUUGGCCCAACCUAAUUACAUGAUUAUAAUCCUAAUGAAAAGUAGCUUCAGGUCCUGCUGUCCUCCAUCACAACAGGCAUUUUGCAAGACCAUUUGCACUCAGGUUAUUUGGACAUUUGCUUUUUUUCUCUCCCUCUGAAGAAGCACUUUCUAAGCAAUUUGCUUCCAGGCACUGUCAGUCUCUUCUAGCAGUGUAAUUUAAAUCAAGAUAGGGAGAGCAAAUUGCACAUAGUUAAGCAAUGCUGCCACUGCUUCUGCCUGCUGGGUGAUUCUGGAUGUCUUCUGGUUUGAUUCCCUGAGAAUGCAGAGUUGUCCAGGGCUGUUUCCUCAGCUGUGUGCUAUGACCCUGACAAGUGCUAAAAUAGUCAAAAAAUGAAUGCUUGCAGCAAUUUUUCUGAUGCUGAUAUGGUUAGAUUUUUCUUAUGAUUUUGGAAGGCUUUUGCAUGAUUUUGAGUGCAGAUGAGUUAACUGGAGGAGCCCAGAGACAAGCAGUUACCCCUAAUGACUGGAGAUUUGCAGAGUGGGAGAGAAGUGCCCCACAUGUUUUCUCAUUGUUUGCUUAUUUUACCACAGGCAUUCAGCCAUCUCCCACAGAGGGUAUUGUCAACCAUCUGUACUGCUGUCGUGACACCUUUUAGUCUCUGAUUUAUUUUGUUUAGCCCAUUGUAAGACCACUUUAACUGAUAAUGCAAACAGGGUGCAGCACUGAGUGCCUUCAGAUGUCCUGGAGAGUCCUAGUCUGGAUGAAAGGUGUUGCCUUGGGUUAAUGAUAGCUGGAAAGUCUUGCUAGACUUGGUCAUUUUUGUGGAUUCCAGAUGAUCUUGUAUGCUUAAGUUUAAUGUGACUCCUCCAGAAAUUGCUUCUGCAGGUGCUAACUGCAAUUAAAAACUCAUUUACCUCUUCUGUAUCCAA